GAAACAGUGCGUAUCGGGUUAGGUUGUUAGAAAGUUAAUGGCUGGGGGAAAGAGAUCCUCCUCAACCCUCGCUUCGGGAGAGUUUCUGGAUUCCCUGAAGUAAAAACACGCUAAUAUACUUAAAGAAAGAACCUGGACGGACGUUUAAGUCAACAGCUAGCUCGUUAACACACGUAUUGUGAACAUAAUUAUGCAGGAUGCAGUAGCCGGGACGGCAAUGCUGACGGACGGCUUCGAGGACGAGAUUGACUCGGUGACUCCUCGCUCCCCAGUGGCAGGGAUGGGGGUAGGAGCGACACCAGGAGGAGUCGGACUAGGGGGCAUUGGUAUUGGUGUGGGAGGAAAGAAAGUACGUUUGUACGGCGAACCUGGCGGAGCUGCGGCAGACAGACUGGAUUUCAAACUAGCGGCCGCGGCCGUCCUUUCCUCGGGUCCAGGAUCCGGCAGCGACGAAGACGAGGUUUCAGAGGUGGAGUCAUUCAUUUUGGACCAGGAGGACCUGGAUAACCCCAUCAUGAAGACAGCGUCAGAACUGCUCUUGUCAAGUGCCACAGACGGUGUUGAUUUAAGGACGGUUGAUCCUGAAACACAGGCCAGGCUCGAAGCUCUGCUGGAAGCUGCAGGCAUUGGUAAACUGUCCACUGCCGAUGGUAAAGCUUUUGCAGACCCCGAGGUGCUGCGGCGACUGACGUCAUCUGUGAGCUGUGCCCUGGAUGAGGCUGCAGCAGCCCUGACACGAAUGAGAGCAGAAAACACACUCAACGCCGGCCAAGCCGACAAUUUGGUUAUUUUCAGCCGUAGUUUAGCGGAGGCGUGCUCAGAUGGCGAUGUCAACGCCGUGCGCAAAUUGUUGGACGAGGGACGCAGCGUCAACGAACACACAGAGGAAGGAGAAAGUCUCCUCUGCCUGGCCUGCUCAGCUGGCUACUAUGAACUUGCACAGGUUUUGUUGGCCAUGCAUGCCAACGUGGAGGACAGGGGCAUUAAAGGAGACAUAACGCCACUCAUGGCUGCAGCCAGUGGAGGUUAUGUGGACAUUGUCAAACUCCUUUUAGUCCACGGAGCAGAUGUAAACGCACAAUCCUCCACAGGCAACACAGCUCUGACGUACGCAUGCGCUGGUGGGUUUGUGGAUGUGGUGAAAGUGCUGCUCAAAGAGGGUGCUAAUAUUGAGGACCACAAUGAGAAUGGACACACGCCUCUAAUGGAGGCAGCCAGCGCUGGCCACGUGGAGGUGGCCAGAGUACUGUUGGAGUAUGGCGCAGGCAUCAACACACACUCCAAUGAGUUUAAAGAGAGCGCUCUCACACUUGCGUGCUAUAAAGGUCACUUAGACAUGGUGCGGUUUCUGUUAGAGGCUGGAGCGGACCAGGAACAUAAAACAGAUGAGAUGCACACAGCACUGAUGGAGGCGUGCAUGUCCCAGGACGGCCAUGUGGAGGUUGCGCGGCUGCUGUUGGACAGCGGUGCUCAGGUCAACAUGCCAGCUGAUUCCUUUGAGUCGCCCCUGACCCUUGCAGCCUGCGGGGGACAUGUGGAGCUGGCAGCCCUGCUCAUAGAGAGAGGAGCCAAUUUGGAAGAGGUUAAUGAUGAGGGCUACACUCCCUUGAUGGAAGCAGCUAGAGAAGGCCACGAAGAGAUGGUAGCAUUGUUACUGGCUCAAGGUGCCAACAUCAAUGCUCAGACGGAGGAAACCCAGGAGACAGCUUUGACUCUAGCUUGCUGCGGGGGCUUCUUGGAAGUAGCAGACUUCCUCAUCAAGGCUGGGGCAGAUAUUGAGCUCGGCUGCUCGACUCCUUUAAUGGAGGCUGCACAGGAAGGCCAUUUGGAGUUGGUCAAGUACCUAUUGGCUGCUGGGGCAAACGUUCAUGCCACUACAGCAACAGGUGACACAGCGUUGACGUACGCGUGUGAGAACGGACACACUGAUGUCGCUGAUGUGCUGCUGCAGGCUGGAGCCAACUUGGAGCAUGAGUCUGAAGGAGGGCGCACACCCUUAAUGAAGGCAGCAAGGGCGGGACACCUGUGUACCGUGCAGUUUCUGAUCAGUAAAGGUGCUAACGUGAACAGAGCUACCGCUAACAACGACCACACAGUGGUGUCUCUAGCGUGUGCUGGAGGACAUCUGGCCGUGGUGGAGUUGCUGCUAGCUCAUGGGGCAGAUCCGACGCACAGACUCAAAGAUGGUUCAACCAUGUUGAUAGAAGCUGCUAAGGGUGGCCACACCAAUGUGGUGUCCUAUUUGUUGGACUAUCCCAACAACAUCCUGUCUGUCCCAGCACCUGACCUGUCCCAGCUCACGCCCCCCUCACAAGAUCCUUCUCAGGUUCCUCGUGUCCCAAUCCAAGCUCUCGCCAUGGUAGUGCCCCCUCAAGAGCCCGACAGAGCGCCGUCAAAUAUUACCACACCCUCGCCCAUCUCCAGUAAAGGCAUGUCCAAACAGAGACAAGCGUCCCUACAGCCUGGCAGCCCCGCCUCAGUCAGUCGAGGGCCUGAAGCAGAGCCCCUACCGCCCUUUCACUUAUGCCAACCGCUUGAGUGCAUUGUGGAGGAGACGGAGGGCAAGCUGAACGAGCUUGGCCAGAGAAUCAGCGCCAUCGAAAAGGCUCAGCUUCAGUCCCUGGAGCUCAUUCAGGGGGAGCCACUCACCAAAGACAAGAUUGAGGAACUGAAGAAGAGCCGGGAGGAGCAGGUGCAGAAGAAGAAGAAAAUCUUGAAGGAGUUGCAGAAGGUAGAGCGCCAGCUACAGCUGAAAACACAGCAACAGUUCACCAAAGAGUACAUGGAGGCAAAGGGCUUAAAAGAUGAACAAGAGGGCGUUGUGAGUCAGGGCCCGGGUCCCGGGAGUACAACACCUGUACUGGACCAUCCACCUUGUGCAUCAGGUCCACACCUACACUCAAGCUCCGACACAGACGAAGAGGCAAACAAAGAUGACGAGCAGGAAGAGCAUCCAGGGGAGAAUGGAGAAGAGGAAGAGGAAGAGGAUGAUGAUGAUGAAGAAGAGUGUUCAGAGGAAGAGGCAGAUGGGGAAGAAGAAGACUACCCCAAGCUUCCUCAGGUGGGUUCGAUCCUCUACAGGGAUGGACCACAGUUGCCGCAGCAGCCUCCUCUGCCCCCUUCUCCACAGGCUCAGCCCCAGCCUCCUCCUCCACCUCUUCAGUCUGCCUUCGUCCCCAUCCAGCCCCUGCCGGACUACAACCCUGCAGACUAUGCAGGAAGCACCAGCCCAGAGCUGCAGAGAGUACUGGUAGGGCAACAGAUGCUGGGGCAGCAACCUGGCCAGGGACCACAGUUAGCAGGGUUAGGACCGGGGAUGAUACCCCAGCAGGCCCCAGAUGGCCUGAUGGUAGCAACACCCGCACAGACGCUCACAGACACGCUUGAUGACAUCAUGGCAGCAGUGAGCAACCGCGUUCCUAUGUUGAACACUACGACCUCACCUACCCCGCUGUCCCAGCCACCCACACAGACGCCUGCAAACAUGGCCUCCCCACCUUCAGUCCUGCCUCUCUAUCCUGCCGUUGACAUCGAUGCACAUACGGAAAGCAACCAUGAUACAGCGCUGACACUGGCAUGUGCAGGCGGACAUGAGGAACUGGUCUCUGUUCUAAUUGCACGGGGAGCAAACAUCGAGCACAGGGACAAAAAAGGUUUUACACCUCUGAUCCUGGCUGCCACUGCUGGUCACGUAGGAGUGGUUGAAGUGCUGCUGGACAAAGGGGGAGACAUUGAGGCCCAGUCGGAGAGAACCAAAGACACACCUCUCUCUCUGGCUUGUUCCGGGGGACGCCAAGAGGUUGUUGAGUUGCUGCUACUUCGGGGAGCCAAUAAAGAACACCGCAAUGUUUCCGACUACACGCCUUUGAGCCUGGCUGCUUCUGGGGGUUACGUCAACAUCAUCAAAAUCCUCCUCAACGCGGGUGCUGAGAUUAACUCCAGAACUGGCAGUAAGCUGGGAAUCUCUCCGUUGAUGCUAGCAGCCAUGAACGGUCAUGUACCGGCAGUGAAGCUUCUGCUGGACAUGGGUUCAGACAUCAACGCCCAAAUUGAAACAAACAGAAACACAGCCCUGACCUUAGCCUGCUUCCAGGGACGGGCUGAGGUCGUCAGUCUGCUGCUAGACCGCAAAGCCAACGUCGAGCAUCGUGCUAAGACCGGUCUUACUCCUUUGAUGGAGGCAGCUUCAGGAGGCUAUGCAGAGGUGGGUCGAGUGCUUCUGGAUAAAGGCGCUGAUGUCAAUGCUCCACCCGUUCCCUCAUCUCGAGACACAGCGCUCACCAUUGCUGCUGACAAGGGCCACUACAAGUUUUGCGAACUGCUCAUCAACAGGGGGGCCCAUAUUGACGUACGAAACAAGAAAGGGAACACUCCUUUGUGGUUGGCGGGAAAUGGCGGUCAUUUCGACGUGGUCCAGCUCCUGGUGCACGCCAGCGCCGACGUGGACGCAGCAGACAACCGCAAGAUUACACCACUCAUGGCUGCGUUCCGAAAGGGUCACGUGAAGGUUGUGCAAUAUCUUGUGAAGGAAGUCAACCAGUUCCCAUCAGAUGUCGAGUGUAUGAGGUACAUCGCCACGAUUGCAGAUAAGGAGCUGUUGAAGAAGUGCCACCAGUGCAUGGAGACCAUCGUCAAAGCCAAAGACCAGCAGGCAGCUGAGGCCAACAAGAACGCAAGCAUCCUCCUGAAGGAGCUGGACUUGGAGAAGUCACGAGAGGAGAGCAAGAAGCAGGCCUUGGCUGCCAAGCGGGAGAAGCGCAAGGAGAAACGCAAGAAGAAGAAGGAGGAGCAGAAGAGAAAGCAAGAGGAAGAGGAGGGACAGAAAGUCAAGGAGGACUCGUCCGAAAUGCAGGAGCAGAAGGAGGAUUCAGCUGAAGAAGCAGAAGUUCCCAUCGAGCCUCCCAGUGCAACCACCACCACCACCAUUGGGAUAUCUGCCACCUCCACCACCUUCACCACAGCUUUUGGUAAGAAGAGAGCUAGUGUGGCCACCACCCCGAGCACCAAUCGCAAAAACAAAAAGAACAAGACGAAGGACUCGCCCAACGAACCAAUCAUAUUACAGGAUCCGCAGGUUGCACUAGCACAACACAAAGCUGACAAGAACAAGAUCCACGGCGAGCCCCGGGGCGGUGGCGGGGGAGCAGCGGGCGGUAACAGCGACUCUGACCCCUUGGACAGCACCGACUGUGCCAGUGAGAGCAGUAGCAGUGGGGGCAAAAGUCAAGAGCUCAACUAUCUCCCUGAUCUCAGCUCAUCCGCGUCCUCUUCCUCCUCCUCUUCUUCCUCAUCCUCCUCCUCGGUGCCCUCUUCAGGAGCGGCCCAAACCAUCCUGCAUGGUCCCGAAAAGAGACACUGUCCUCAGCCACAGAGUGACAAACUGGACAACAAGGUCACAGUCUCCAUCUCAAAGCCAAUGCAGAGAGCUCCAGACACAAACGACUCCUCCACCUCCAACUCCUUGCCCUCACCAUUCAAGACCAUGGCUCUACCUGUCACUUCACCCAACAGUAAGCUCAGCCUCACAAGUCCAAAGAGAGGCCAGAAGAGAGAAGAAGGUUGGAAGGAGGUGGUCAGAAGAUCAAAGAAGUUGUCGGUGCCUGCCUCUGUUGUUUCUCGAAUCAUGGGCCGGGGGGGCUGCAACAUCACAGCCAUCCAGGACGUGACGGGAGCUCACAUCGACGUGGACAAACAGAAGGACAAGAACGGAGAGAGGAUGAUCACUAUCAGAGGAGGAACGGAGUCGACAAGAUAUGCAGUCCAGCUGAUCAACGCCCUAAUCCAAGACCCAGCCAAAGAGCUUGAAGAUCUAAUCCCAAGGAAUCACAUCAGAGCUCCGGGCCCUAAAGCGUCCUCUACAGCCUUCUCGAGUACCGCGGGGACCACCAGCGGUUCAUCCACCGGCCCGAAAGCCCUCAGCUCGCUAGUCACCUCCUCAGGCGUCUCGUUUCAGCCCUCCUCAUCUUCAUCGUCAUCAUCCUCUCAGGCUGGAAAGCUCGGGAAGGGCCUGUCGUCAAAUGUCAGACAGCCUUUCCCUGUGUCUUUGCCGCUGGCAUACGCCCACCCUCAGCUCGCUCUUCUCGCUGCUCAGACCAUGCACCAGAUCAGACACCCACGUUUGCCCAUGGCUCAGUUUGGUGGUACCUUCUCUCCUGCUGCCAGCACAUGGGGACCCUUCCCCGUGCGCCCUGUGAGUCCCGGCAGUGCUAACAGCUCCCCCAAACACAACGGAGGAAGCAGCAGCGCUGGUCAGGCCAGACCCAACUCAACUCACAGUGAUCACAGCCCAGCAGCCAGCUCAUCAGCUCCAGUGACGACCACCAACACCGCCACCACCAGUGCGCCCCACACAUCCACGGCUGCAGCUUCCCCUCAUACACCCAACCCCACACCUUACAUCCCCCAGCCAAGUAUCCCCACGCCUUCCUCCGUCAGGAAACAGCUUUUCGCCCCUGACCCCAAGCCCGCCGGUGUCACCUCCGUGUCCGCGGCUGCUACCGCAGCUGCUAACGCAGCACGAGGCACGGGUUCUCCCGCGCAUCACAGCUCCACUACAGCAACCGCAAACACCUCUCAGCAGCCGAUUGGACCUAUCUCGCAGCCACACAUCCAGCCGCCUAAAACAGAGCCAAAUGCUGUUGCACUUCCUGGAAAAGAGAAGACUUCUCUCCCCGUAGAGAACCAGCCUGGUCCAGUCGGUGAGAACAUCAACUCUCUGGGCUACUCCGCCUCUGCCUUGGCUUUACCUCCAAAGUCGGAGCCUCGACAACAUUUACCUGCCCCUCCCACCUGUGUAGCAUCUACAGAGACCCCGCUCCCCCUCCUUGUCGCGCAGACCAGCUCCCACCUCCCAUCAGCUCCACCGCCUGUCCUGUCACACAACGUCGCACACCCCAGCAACACGGUACCCCAUUUCUCAGCCCCAGCGCCAAGAGUCUCCCAUCGUAUGCAGCCAACAGGGCCUUACUAUUCUGUUCCUGAACAACAGCAGCAGCAGCAGCAGCAGCAGACGACGACGCAGCAGCAGCAGCAAUCUGUGUUUGUUCCCUUCAGCGCUCACCAGGAACCACCAAAACAGACUCAAAACCAGACGUCUCAGCCCAACACUUUGCCUCCACAAGCGCAAACUCAGGCUCAAGGCUCCCUUCAAGUCUCCGCUAACCUGGGCAUGAUGAACGGUUCUCAGAUGCAGCAUGUGGCCAGUGCAGGAAAGCCUCAGCAGAUGCCGCCCAACUUCGGCCCUGCAGGCCUCUUCAACUUCAGCAGCAUCUUCGAUAACAACAACCAGGUUGGGAACAAUCAGGUGUGGGGUGCAUGCCACCUGCCUGCUCGCUCACCCCCGGAGCAGUCGUACUCGGCCCCACACGCCUACAUGAGCAUGGGUCAGAUUGAGAAUAUGAUGCCCCCGCCUCCUCCAGACAGCUCCAAAGCUCCUGGUUACCGCUCUGCCUCCCAGAGGAUGGUCAACAGUCCCAUCGCACUGACCAGCUACGCCACCAGUAUCUCUGGCAGCCCUGUGUACCUGCACGGUCACACCACGGUCGGCGCGCCCUCCUUCAGCAGACAGCACUUUUCCCCUCAUCCAUGGAGUGCAUCCACAUCAGGUGAAUCUCCUGUCCCUCCUCCCUCAACAGUGUCGUCUUCUGCCCUUUCCACCUCAGUCGUGGCGCCUCCUCCUCAGCCUAAGCAAGGCAACUCAUCACAGCAGGACAGGAAGGUUCCUCAACCCAUUGGCACGGAGCGAUUGGCCAGGAUCAGGCAGACGGGUUCGAUCAACCCUCCUCUCCUCACCACCAGCUACACCGCGUCUGUUGGGCAGGGAGGGAUUUGGUCGUUCGGGGUUGGCAGUGCUUCAGAAGCAAUGUCUGGUUGGUCCCAGCCCCUGAUGAGCAGCCACAUGAUGCACCCCCAACUGCAGGCGGAACAGUCGGCCUUCUCUCAGCACCAGCCCAUGGAGCAGGAUGACACGGGCAUUGCAAACCCGGCCAACAACUACCACCAGCCUCAGCAUCUGCCCAACAGUUACAUUGACUUCCCAAAGGGGAUGCCUAUGUCGAUGUAUGGAGGAACCAUGCUGGCCCCUCACCCUCCCAUGGCAGAGGGUCCAGGGGGACCGAUGUACAAUGGUUUGCACGCUGGUGACCCCGCAUGGAGCCCCAUAAUCAAAGUGGUCCCAAACAGUGCAGAUAGUUCUGACCCACAGCAGCAGGUGUGGCCUGGUACCUGGGCACCUCAUGUGGGCAACGUGCACCUAAACCACGUCAACUAGACAGUGUCCACAUCAAACAAAUACGCACCGCAUGACCCAGGGGUGGGAGGGCGCAAACAUGACUUACCAACAGACGGAUGUGACCGAUUGAGGCGAAGAAAUAAAAAAAAAAAAGAAGAAUUAAUGAAUUCAUGUUAACUCAAGUAGAGACCUAAGAGCGCAGCGCAGAGGUGAAAGAUUAGGCCGUUGUUCUAACGCCAUUCUUUGUGCCUAUCUCAGACAACGAGAAAGAAAAUUGGGGAGAGCUGUUAUCCAUGUUCUGACGAUUUAACACGUGCGCGUUCACUUGUUCAACAGAAUCCGUUCUCUGCGUAGUUUAGAGAUUUUUUGACUUAAACCCACAUACACCGUUCUUGGGCAGCAGGGGCUCAAAAUGAAGUAGCUAUUUAAACUCGGCCCAAAAACUAGAUGAUGAUGAUUACCUAAAGAGAAAGAGAAAUCAGAACCUUUUAGAGUGGUAAAUACAUGUAUAAUUGUUUACAUACUAAAAAGGGUUAAAAUGAGAGUAAAUUUCAUGUCGUAUAGUGGCUCUACUUUAUGUAGCCUGUAUUAAUGUGAAAUAUUUACCUUAAUAUUCAAUAAAAAGAUUGAAAAGUA